AUGAAAGCCGUCGACGUUAAGAAUGGCGCCGGAUCUGCAUCUGAUCUAUUCAUCAACGAUUCUGUCCCCAAACCAGUCCCGUCACCAACCCAGUGCCUUGUCCGGGUGAAGGCAUUCGGGAUCAAUCGUGCUGAUACGAUACAGCGAUCUGGCUUUUACCCGCCGCCCCCCGGAGCAUCCAAGAUUCUGGGCCUUGAAUUCAGCGGGGUGAUCGAAACCGUUGGCAGUGAUCAGGAGUCUACUGGUACGCAAUGGAAAGCUGGAGAUGAGGUUUUUGGCCUGGUCUACGGGGGAGCGUACGCAGAGUACGUCGAGGCCGAGAUGAAGCUGCUCAUUGCUAAACCAGCCAGCUGGAGCUGGGAGUAUGCUGCUGGCUUGUGUGAGAUAUGGUUCACUGCCUUGCAAGCCUUCUACCUCGUAGGAGCCUAUAACGCAGAUACCACACGGUCGGUGCUAUGGCAUGCCGGCGCAUCCUCAGUAUCUAUAGCCGGCAUCCAGAUAGCCCGACUUGCCAACUCUUUACGAUCAGAUAUUCCGCCGCCAAAGGUGUUUGCAACCACCCGCAGUGACGAGAAAUGCAACUUCUGCGUCGAGGAACUCUCCUGCGCCGGUGCCGUCAACACAACCACCCAUAGCGAUGACUGGGUCGAAGAGGUCAAGAAGCUGAACGACGGAGAAGGAGUCGAUUUGAUCGUCGAUUACGUUGGGCCAACCUACUUCCAGCCCAACUUGAACCUUGCAGCCAAAGACGGGCGAAUCGUUUUGUUAGGUCUGCUCGCAGGAUCUGUUCUGCCGGACAAAGUUGAUAUCCGUCCCAUAUUGAUGAAGCGAUUGCGAUACGAGGGCAGCACGUUGCGAUCCAGAGACGUGAACUAUCAAGGCAAGCUGCGAGAACUGUUCGAGGAGAAGGUUUUCUCUGGAUUGCAAAGGGGGUUGUUCAAGCAUGUUGUCGACUCGGUCUUCAAGUGGGAAGAUAUCCAGAAGGCGCAUGAGCUGAUCGAGAGCAAUAGUACAAAGGGUAAGAUCGUUUGUACUAUUGACUGGUGA